AUGAAACGAAAAGAAAACAGACGGCCCGGCGAUAAUUUCCAAGCACACAAACUCAAGCGGACAACGUAUAUUCCAUCGGACGACAGCUCGUCGGACCUUGACCUACUACCAUCAUACGACAACCAACUAAUCGAGCCAGAUGGGCGACGGUCGAGAAAAUUAGGCGACGAUCAACAUGAGGAUUGGAACCUAACGCUACACGCAUCGCCGCCAAUUCCCGAUAAUGAACAACGGGUGCACCAGAGCGGAGAUGAAGGAAACCAGCGGCUGCGACGCACUGCGCGAGAGACCGAGCCAAAGAAGACAGAGGAACCGUACACCAGACGAAGUACGCGGCAAGGGGAGCUCGCUCGGUCCAAGGCGCCCAGGUUAUACGAUUGUGAUUACCACCCACAAGAGCAGUACCUACUUCCCGAGCGUACUGGCCAGGAAUCGAACGACACUCAGUCCCCCGAGCAGGCGGGCGAAUCGGUCUCCGCUUACGACGCUGCAGACUCACUUUCAACGACUUCAGAAUUAGGAGGACCAGAUGAAGUCUCUGGUGGAGAUGGCCGUCCUAUCUCUGAUAGAUACGACACGGUUUCACCCGCGCCAAUGUUGAGGCCACGACAGCGAGAGGAGGCUUUGAGGAGAGACACUCAAGCUCUCGAUGAAGGAGACAAACCGCUGUCGCAAGAGCAGCUGGAUUCUAUACAUCGCAAGUUCGACCAAAAAUACUCGAAGAAGCUUCAGGCACGUGGCAGCCUCAGUCUUCGGGAUUCAAAUAAUAAGAAGUUGAACGGAAACACCAGGAUACGUGUGAACAGGAAUCGAGACGAUCUUCUCGAGCAAUGGCGAAAUGUCGAACCCGACGACACCGUCAUCGGCUACGUCCCAGAGGUACGGGCAGAGACGGCAGACAACUCCACCACCUUCAGCUCACAACGCGAAGGCGAUCAUGCCCGGUUCGAGCUAUUGCAGGAGAGGUACCCCGACGUGGAAACGGAAAACCUGAAUGAGAUUAAGGAGCGCCUGAACCUACCCGAACAGGAUUGGCGCAAAGGAUGUUGGAAAUGCUAG